GAGAAACACAUGAAGACACAGCAUAAACGCUGUCAUCUUGACCCCUGGUUGAUGAUUAAACAAAAGUUUGUAAAUGUGUGUUAUCAAAGGUCCAAGGUUGAGGAAAAUACAAAGCAAAGCUGCACUGGUAAGAUAUUUUAGCAAAAACCUGUAGUCUGCAGCCACACUCUUGGCUGACAAUCAAAGUCAGGCAGGAUGGAGAAAUUUACUUUGUAUUUUCUGCUCGUGGUUUUAUCCAGGACACAAGGAGAAACGUGUGAAGGAAAGUGUGGGCAACAACUGGACUCCUGUUCAUGUCACCCAACAUGUGGGUCCCUGAAGACCUGCUGCCCUGACUAUAAAGAGUUCUGCAUUGAUGUGGCUCCACAGUCCGGGUCUAUUCUGGGUGGGACAGACUUUUUUGUCCUUGAGGCAAAUUUCACUCAGAGUUCUCAGAUUGUUUGCAGGUUCAACAGUGAAAUUGACACAGAGGGCUAUGUGGAUGACAGUGGAAGGGCCCACUGUAUCUCCCCUUUGCUUUAUCAAACAGGGUGGGUUCCUUUGCACAUCUCCUCAGAUAAUGGCACCACCUUCAGUAGAAGUGGAGCCUGGCUUUCAGUUCAUACAGGCAAGUUAAGUUCUGAGUUCAAAGCUCUUCUGGUAAACUCAACAAAGUGGCAGUAUUACGGCACGCCUGGUGUUGGUGGCUAUCUUCAGAUGACAUGGAAUACUACUUUGGUCAAUGCAGAUAAGGUGAAUAUAGAGCUCUGGGGAUACAGAGAGAUGGGAGAGCCUUAUUCAGAGAACUGGCAGGGGGAGAUGGAGUAUCUGUACUCACUUGCAAAAGAUCAGCCAAACAAUGGCUCCUUUAGCUUUUUGCCCAAAAUAGCAGAAAAUGGUUUUUCAAGCUGGGAGCUCGGUUCUGUGCGAGUCAGCUCCAGUACUUAUCCAGAUGGCAUGCGGAACGUUCAAGCUGCAUGGACCGAGGACCAUGCUCUGGCCUGGCACCUGGAGCAGAAAUUUAGGGACAACUCAACAGCCUGGGCCUGGGAGAAAUGCUUAGCAUGGGACCAGCUUGAAAUCCAGCUGCCCAACUUCCUGAAUGAGAUCAUCGACUGCCCCUGCACUCUGGCCCAAGCCAGAGCGGACACAGGGAGGUUUCAUACUGAUUACGGCUGUGACAUAGAGAAAGGGAGCGUGUGCACAUACCACCCCGGGAGUGUUCACUGUGUGAGGGCUAUACAAGCUAGUCCUCAGUAUGCAGCUGGACAACAGUGCUGUUACGACAAGACUGGAGCCCAGGUUCUGACAGCAGAUUCUAUUGGAGGAAGCACACCGGACCGAGCCCACGACUGGGGGUCACCUCCAUUUAGGAAACCACCUCGGAUACCCGGCCUCUCUCACUGGGUCUACGAUGUCCUCAGCUUCUACUACUGCUGCCUCUGGUCUGAUAACUGCCACUACUAUUUCAAGCAUCGACCCUCCAGCGACUGCAGGCGUUACCAGUCACCUAACUCAGCCGUGGUGUUUGGGGAUCCUCACUUCAUAACGUUUGAUGGCGUCAGCUACUCCUUUAACGGCAAAGGGGAGUACACUUUGGUGACAUCAGCAGACAAACAGCUAACAAUCCAGGGCAGGACAGAACCUAUAGAUGGAAAUGCAAUAAAAGCAACAAAAAUGUCAGCGGUAGCCAUGAGAGAAGCCUACUCUGAUAUUAUUGAGGUGCGAUUAGCCAGCGGAGACAACCGACUGGAAGUUCUGCACAAUCAAAAGUCUCUUUCUUUUGCUGAGCAAACCUGGAUGGACCUUCAAGGAGUGUUCGUGUUUUCUCCAACCUCUUCAAAUGUGACGGUGAUGUUUCCAUCUGGAGCUGGGGUGGAAGUGCGACAGAGAGGGAAAACCCUGACAACCACUGUCCUCCUGCCAGAGGAGUUUGGGGACUCCACACAGGGGCUGCUGGGAAACAUAAACGGUGACGCCAAAGAUGACCUGGCCCUCAGCAACGGACAGUUGGUGCAAAACCAAAGCAAUGCUGAGGAACUGUUUGCUUUUGGGGCAAGCUGGGCAGUACCCAAUGCAUCUGCUUUGUUCACCUACGACUCAAAUUAUCUUCUGGAAACAUAUUACUUUGUCCCCAGACAUGACCCCAGUUUCAUUCCUGCAUUUUCUGCUCCCGAGGAUCCAGAUGAUCCACUAAGUGAUCAGGCAGCUGAGAUCUGCUCUGGAGAAAGCUCUCCAUUCUGCAGGUAUGACAUCCUGGUAGGUCGAAGUCUAAGCAUGGGAAAUGACACCAGAAGGUCUUUCCAGAGUCACAUUUCUCUUGUUGACGAUUUAAAACCAGUGAUUUCUUGUGGAUGGCUUCCACCUCCAAAUAAUGGCAAAAAACUGGGGACCACAUACCUACAGGGAGCCAGGGUGCAGUUUUCCUGCAAUGAAGGCUACACACUGAAAGGAUCGGCUGAAAGAAUCUGCCAGAAAAACGCUCAGUGGUCUGGAGAGGAAGCAAGCUGCGUUGUUCCGAGUAAACUCCCUGGAAUUCUGGCUGGUUCAAUUGUUGGCGCCUCAGCACUGAUUCUGAUCAUGACAAUGAUUGUGCUCCACUUCAGAAAGCAAAAAAGGAAACCAUCCAAUUCAGAGGAAGGGAGUAUCACUGAAGGCUUGUAGCCGAACCCAGUUUAUAACUUUUGUUAUUUAUCGUUAAACUGUAAAUGUCUGAUAAGUGGGAAAUUUCAAUUUAAGCAAUUUCUUUUUUAAGAUACAAGUACUUUUUAUGUGAACAUAGAUAGUUUAAAUACGUUUAGAUGAUAGAAAGAUGAUGUUCAUGUUGUGUCCAUAGUGGUUGUUUUUGCAUGAUUAUCUUUUGCUGAGUUAAAAAAAAGUUUUACACCAGAUAUGGACUUUUUACGAGUGUGUAUGGCAAACAACAGUGAAGCUACAACUCCGUAUAGCUGCAAAUGUAUUUCUGCAUUUGUCACAGCCCAUAUGCUUUGAACUUUUGUCAUUUUUUUACACUCCAAACAUGUGCUUUAAAAUUUUUUUGAAUAAAAAUGUCCUUGUGCAUUAUGAGCAGAGAUCUUA